GGCGCCCCCUGGCGGAGUUGGGACGCGCCGCCCGCCCCUCACGCCGCCAUUUGACAUCGGUCGGGGCCGGUCCGGGUUCACCCCCGGCGCGGCCGGAGCCCCGGGCAUGAAAAUGAGCUGCACGAUUGAGAAGGCGCUGGCGGACGCCAAGGCGCUGGUGGAGCGGCUGCGGGAGCACGACAGCGCGGCCGAGGCGCUCAUCGAACAGACCACGGCGCUCAACAAGAGAGUGGAGGCCAUGAAACAGUACCAGGAAGAAAUCCAAGAGCUCAAUGAAGUAGCAAGACAUCGCCCUCGCUCUACUCUAGUGAUGGGUAUCCAGCAGGAAAACAGACAGAUUAGGGAAUUGCAGCAGGAAAACAAAGAACUGCGCACAUCUCUCGAAGAGCACCAGUCUGCUCUGGAACUCAUCAUGAGCAAGUACAGAGAACAGAUGUUUAGGUUGCUUAUGGCGAGCAAAAAGGAUGAUCCAAGUAUAAUAACAAAGUUAAAAGAGCAACAUUCCAAGGUAAUAACUUCACUGAAGUUUUUUGCUUUGUUUUUUUUAGUUAACACCUUAGUUUGUACUGGAUCAAUUCAAAGCUCACUUUGUGUCAAAUUUUGUGCUAUUGUACUAAUGAGUCCUAAUUUUUAUAAUCCACUCCAUGUAACACAAACAGGAAACUGUCAGUUGAGGAAGUCAACCUUACCAGCUUCUCACUUAUUAAAACUUUCAACAGUUACCAUUUUGUUACUGCAUUUGCUUAAUUUGCUUUUGUUUCACUUUAAGGCAACUGUCCUGUUACAGUGCCAGAGGUUAGUAAUAGUCAGACUUUUAGACUAGCUUUAAUUUAUGCUUGUGACACCACCAAAUAAUUAAUAAACCUGUGCUUAGA